AUGUACUCCAAGACCUCCAUCGCCGCCCUCUUCGGCGCUUUCCUCACUGCGUCCGCGCAAACCACCACUCCCAGCUCCGCCGCCGCAAAGGCCACUGGCCCCAUCGUUUCCGUUCUCCUCCCCGGCGCCGACAAUCAGACCCUUGUGGGCUCCGUUAUCGCUGUGAAGUCCGCCCUGACGACGCUCAACGUUGAAUGUGCACCCGGCACCGACAGCAACGAUUGCGGCAUGCCGCUUGGAGGCAUGGAGGUCACCCAGGGCCCUUCAACGGCUGUGAUGUCCACUGUCUUUGCCCAGGAAUCGGACCCCGUUGUUGUAACCUACGAAUGGGAGUGCAGUAUCGGUGGCACCACCACGGCCAAGUGUACUUACUCGAACGCCGCCAGCGUCACCGGAUCGGUCGAUCCGUCCUUAUUGAGCUCAAUGGGUGUCCAAAUGACGGCGUUUGCGUCGACUACUGAGUUGAACGAGCAGGAUCUUGAGACCGCGUUCUUUAAAGUUGCGAUCACGGCGGGUGCGGAUAAGCUGUCGCAGACUGGCGACGCUGAGGCAACGGGUAGCGGAUCCGGCUCACCUACGGGAAGCGCAGCGUCGCCAUCGAACACUGGAGCUGCGUCGAACGUCAAGAUGGGUGGGUUUGCAAUUGGCGGCGCGCUUGCGGCAGUGUUCAUGCUCUGA